AUGACGUCGACGCCGCAGGAGGUGCAGCUGCACACCAUCGAGCGGACGCCCGAGUACGAGGACUUCAUGACGCGGCUCCGCGAGUACCAUGCGAAGCGCGGUACAACGCUGGACCCGGAGCCCAAGGUGGGCAUGAUUCACCUGGACCUGUACAAGGUGUUCAACCACAUUGUGGCCAACGGCGGCUACGACAAGGUCUCGGAGGAGAAGCUGGCGUGGCGGCGGAUGGCGGCCGAGCUGGGCCUCUUCUCCAACAACGAGGCCUCGACCGCCUUCUCGCUCAAGGAAAAGUUCUACAAGAACCUGGCGGCGUUUGAGAUCAGCACCGUUCACGGCAAGGAGCCGCCGCCCAAGGACAUCCUUGAGGACGUGACGGCCAAGGGCGCCAACCUGCUGACGCGCACGCGCGACAACUUCCGGGGGAAGCGCGACAGCAACGUCAACGCGACCGACUCGGCGGCGUCGGGCGACGACGGGACCCCCACGCGCGAGCGGUCGGCCGCCGACAUACCCGUCUCGAGCGCGCGGGCAUCAAGGGGCCUGCGGGAGGCGCCACCGCAGAGGGUCAUCUUUCAACCAGACACGGGGCCGACUAGGACUACGCGCCAGGCUUCAAGCCAGCACCCGUCGCACGCCUCUCCUGCAAACAACCACUCACAAACACCACAACACCACCCGGGAAUGCAGCAGCCGAUGCCUCACGGCGGCGGGCCCGGCCGCGGCCCGUCCAUCAUGCACCACCCUCCCAACGCCGACAACACCUCGCAGAUGGUCCUGUCGUACCAGCCCAAGCAGGCCAAGGCUAUCCAACUCCGCGCCGUGGCGACCCCUAGCAGCGCGCCGAGCGAGUUUCCCAGGCAGCGGCUGCCGCACCGGCCAGCGCCCAUCGAUCCGGCCAACAGGCAGCCGAUGUUGCCAGGCACUGGCUUCGACGGCCCCAACAUCUACACGCGCUGUCUAAACGCGUUGCGGUCCGGAAUCCCCGCCGAGCAGGCGUUUGGCCUCAACCACCUAGUCAAAAUAUCCUUUGAGCGGGGCGACAAGUUUCGCUUCGACGCGUUCCCGGGCCUCGCCGAGGGCCUCGUCGACAAGGCGCUCGAGGUGGGCAACCUCCACUACCACGUCGACUGGAAGGUUGUGUGGGAUGCGUCCGCCGACACGGGCGACAUUGGCUGCCUCGACGGCAACAACGGCACGCCGGACAUCUUGGAGCGGAUCGAGAGCCUCGUCGAGCGGGACGUGCCCGAGGCGCUGCAGACGGCCGAAUACUCGGACAGGCUUGUGCUCGUGACCGAGGCGGUGCUGACGAUGCGCAACAUGGUGACGCUGCCCGAGAACGCCCACAACAUGUCCGACUUUUACCCGCUCAAGGACCUCGUCUGCAUCAUCUUGCAGCUGCCGCCACGGGACCUCCUGGCCGAGCUCAAGCACAUGGCGCUGGAUAUUGCCGAGCAGCUGACGCCGUUUGUCGUCCUCGACGGUGCCGACCCGCUCUACCGGUCGCUGCUGGCGCAGCUGGCGUCGGACGACCGCGGGACUAUCCUGACGGCGCUGCGGGCGCUGGGCCGCAUCUCUGUUAACCUCGAGGCGACCAACAAGCUCCCGGAUGUGACGCCGGCCGUGUUGCGGCGGAUCGCUGGCUGGUUGUUGCUCAAUGACGAUGAGCUCAUCGAUGCGUGCCUCGACUUCCUCUACCAGUACACAGCCGUUGCGCCCAACGUGGACCGGCUCAUCCGCACGACGGUGCCUGAGAACCUCGUCGACCACCUGGUGCGCCUGCUUUCCCACGGGGCGCGCAAGAUGCAGCGCGAUCUCAUCCUGCACCCGGAGCAGAAGCUGCCGUCGCGAGAUGAGAUUGCACCCGUGCCGGAGGACCUGCUGCAGGAGAUGGUGCGGCUGGACGAGCCGGAGCGCGUGCACCGCUGGGUCAAGUGCUUCUUCGAGGAAGACAACGACUCAUUUGUGACGCAGCUCGCAGCGUGGCAGGCGUACCAGUCGGCGUUUGUCGGCCCCCUCAAGUUGGCAGGCAAGCCCAUGAUUACCCCCGCCGACUUUAUCCGCAACAGCACGUCCGUUUAUAAGAACUCGAACGCGCAGGUGCUCCGCGAGCCCGGCGAGGCGCAGCAAAAGUUCAUCAUUCACGGCAUCCGCGCGCGGCCACGGCCCCUGAGCGCCGACGGCGCCGAGUACGCGCGGUGCUACUGGGCGAUGAACCCGGACAGGAAGAACGAAAAGUGCGGGCAGUUCUUCCUCAAGCCCGAGCAGAUGUGGUCUCAUAUCCUGACGGCCCAUCUCGGCGAGCAGCGGAACGAGGACGGCCAGUUCGACAACUCGGAAAAGGACUUCAAGUGCACAUGGGCUGAGUGCUCCAAGUACGGCCGGCCGACCAGGCUGCACCUGCAGGACUUUGCGCGGCACAUCAACACGCACAUCCUGUCGGUGCUGCCGAACCAGACGCGCGGGGGGGCGGCCCGACCGUCGUGGAUAAUUCCAGCGAAGACCAUGGCGGUGACGUACGAGGAGACGGUGACAACGCGCGACGAGCGCAACCCCAAUGCGCCCCUGCAGGCGGCAGGCAUCCCGCUCAGCGCGGUGCUGGUGCUGCGCAACAUUGCGCGCAACGUGGUCAAGACGGACGCCGAGGAGGAGCUCGUCAAGACGCAGAAGCGCGGCGGCGAGCGCGGCGGCUGGAACGAGAAGCUGUUCCGACCCGCGCAGCCGCGGCUGUUUGAAAUUCUGGCCGAGAACAGGGCGCUGAGCCCCUACAUCGCCUCUCUCCUGGACCUGAUCCGGGUCGAGGCCGACGUCGACGAGGACGACGACUAA